GGCCAUUUUACGUGUGAUCUUCUCUUUGGGGGAUCAUAGAGACCAUCAGCGGAUGAGCGGCAGAAGGGUCAUCGGAGAUUGUCAGGCAUUUCCUCGGCCAGGCCCAAGGACUAUACCCGGUCCUGAGCUGUGACAGAAUGAAAAGCCGGCAAUGGCGGUACACUCAGCUGCCCACAGAGAUGGAGGACACACUAUCUGGGGAGGAGGGGGAGGAGGAGGAAGAAGAGGAGCCAGUCCCAGCCCCAGCCCCAGCCCCCCAGGACCCUGUGGAGCCUCAGCUGACAGAAGCCAGCCAAGUCCUAGGUGCCUCAGAGAUUAAGCAGCUCAGCCUUCACUUGCCCCCAAGAGUCACCGGCCACCCCUGGAGUCUGGUCUUCUGCACAUCAAGGGAUGGCUUCAGUCUGCGGAGACUAUACCGACAGAUGGAGGGUCACAGUGGGCCAGUCCUGCUGCUGCUGAGAGACCAGGAUGGACAGAUGUUUGGCGCCUUCUCCUCUUCAGCUAUCCGACUCAGCAAAGGCUUCUACGGUACUGGAGAGACGUUCCUCUUCUCCUUCUCCCCACAGCUAAAGGUCUUUAAGUGGACAGGGCACAACUCUUUUUUUGUGAAAGGAGACCUGGACUCACUGAUGAUGGGCAGUGGAAGUGGCCAGUUUGGGCUGUGGCUGGACGGAGACCUGUACCAUGGUGGAAGCUACCCCUGUGAGACCUUCAACAAUGAAGUGCUGGCCCGCAGGGAGCAGUUCUGCAUCAAGGAACUGGAGGCCUGGGUUCUGAGCUGACGCCACCUGGGCCUUCUCACAUGGGGCAGCCGUUCUGCCCGACUCAGGAUGGGGGAAAAUGCUCAUGUGGACUAUGGCUCCCAGCCAGCCUCCUUAUGGCUUGAAAACCCAAGAACAGGGCAACCACUGCUCUCCAGCAGAGCUGAUUAUAAGGUGUGAAAGACACUGACUGAAGCAGCAUACAGUUUGUCUUUAUGGGGCUUGACAAUCCCUAGAAGAUCAAAAAAAAAAACAAAACAAAACAAAACAAAACAAAACAAACAAAGCAAAAGUCCUACACCCCCCGCCCCAUAACAUUUUCAUAUUCUUUCAGUCAAGUUCAUGUCGGGUGAGUGUGCAUGCGCAGGCGCGC